AUGCUUCUGUCCAGUCCUUCACUUGGCCUACAGCACGCCUGGUAUCAACCAAGCCUCCCCCGACAGGCCGGACUCAUUCCAUGUGAAUGGCAAUCAUUGCAGAACAAGCGUCACAGACGUAGCUUGAGACACGAACUCUCGGGCAUCGGGCUUGAUUUAGAUUCUGCUUCACCCACGCCGUCGCUACGGCGCACAGCAAUUCGGCUAGGGCAGACGGAUCUUGUGCGACGAUACUAUGAGAAGGCAUUCGAGGCAUUUCAACAGCUGAACUGCAGGGUUAUUGCCAAGGCAUUUGUAAAACUUGUGGAACCGCGCAAGCAGGUCAAUCAUCCAUACAAUGGACGACGAGCUGCUGGAGGUUCAUCACAGAAGAUGGACUCCGAAUUGACUAAGCCGAAAUGGUGGCCUACUGGGGUGACACACAAAGAACCCGACCAUCUUCAAAAGGCUGAGAGAAUCAGGCUGCUUGUCCAUAUCCUGUGCGAAUUGAAGGAGAGUCGAGGAAUCACUGCCGAGAAGCUCAAGGACGCUGGACAAGACGUGCGGCGUCAGAUUCAGCCCGAGAGCCGUCUACAGGUUCUAGACGAGAUCUACUACGUUCGCUAUAUGGAAGAAUUAUACAUGGAGGGAAAGAUUAGUGGGGACACAAUGAUCUACGUCUCGCAUGUCCAUCUCGAUGAGGACUUCUUGUUCGCUGAAAUACGGGAGCAGACAACUAACAACUCUCGCGAACUGUCGCUUCCGAUUAUGAACAACAAACCAGAUGCCCCCAAAGGGACGGAGGGAAGCAAGAGUCCAGGGGACCAGAGUGAAAUACAGGCCGCCACGGACAAAUCGCACACUGAUAUGCCUGUGUCCUCCGACGAACGGCGCCUGCCACCAAUGGAGGUGAACCACCAAGCAAAACGCCCCGCCAAUCAAGACUACUGUUAUCCUCCUUCGCCCGUAUCCAGCCCCUCCAUCAGUCGGAAGAGCUCCUUGGAGAGCGGCCUAUCUACAUACUCAACAGACAUGGCUGCACCGAUGUUGUCAGGGAGUGAACCCAACGGAGCACCUUGUGCCUCUAGGGAUAUCCAUCCCGCCGAGGCUUCAUGCAUGCCUGACUACUUUGGUAGCCAGCAAAUGGCCACUUCAUCUGCUGAACAAAAUCACCAGCCUGGAUUUUGGAGCCUUCCCCCCGCCCAUACGGCACUACCUUUUAAUGGAUACUGA